CGCGGCCCAGAGUCCCCGCCCCUCGCCCGUCAGGGACGGGGCGCUCUGGGGGCGGGUCCUGCGGCACCGCCCGGGAAGCUGCGCGAGUCUGGGCGGCCGCCACCACAUCCUCCUCCUUCCUCUCCUUCGAGUGCAAGCGAGCCAAGCCGGGCCGGGGCCAAGCCGAGGGCUCCGAGGGCGCGGGCGGAGCGGGUCACGGAGUCAUGGCGCAUCAGACCGGCAUCCACGCCACCGAGGAGCUGAAGGAGUUCUUUGCUAAGGCGCGGGCUGGCUCUGUGCGACUCAUCAAAGUUGUCAUUGAGGACGAACAGCUCGUGCUGGGCGCCUUUCGGGAGCUGGUGGGCUGCUGGGACCAGGACUAUGACGGGGCCGUGCUGCCGCUGCUGGAUGCCCAACAGCCUUGCUACCUGCUCUACCGCCUGGACUCGCAGAAUGCCCAGGGCUUUGAGUGGCUCUUCCUCGCCUGGUCACCUGAUAAUUCCCCCGUGCGGCUGAAGAUGCUGUAUGCAGCCACACGGGCCACAGUGAAGAAGGAGUUUGGAGGCGGCCACAUCAAGGAUGAGCUGUUCGGGACUGUGAAGGAUGACCUCUCCUUUGCCGGGUACCAGAAGCACCUGUCGUCCUGUGCAGCACCUGCGCCACUGACCUCGGCUGAAAGAGAACUCCAGCAGAUCCGUAUUAACGAGGUGAAGACAGAGAUCAGCGUGGAGAGCAAACACCAGACCUUGCAGGGCCUGGCCUUCCCCCUGCAGCCGCAGGCCCAACGGGCACUUCAGCAGCUCAGACAGAAGGCAAUCAACUACAUCCAGCUGAAGCUGGACCUGGAGCGGGAGACCAUCGAGCUGGUGCACACGGAGCCCACGGACGUGGCCCAGCUGCCGUCCCGAGUGCCCCGAGACGCCGCCCGCUACCACUUCUUCCUCUACAAGCACACCCACGAGGGUGACCCCCUGGAGUCUGUGGUGUUCAUCUACUCCAUGCCCGGCUACAAGUGCAGCAUCAAGGAGCGCAUGCUCUACUCCAGCUGCAAGAGCCGCCUCCUCGACUCCGUGGAGCAGGACUUCCAGCUGGAGGUCGCCAAGAAGAUCGAGAUUGGUGAUGGGGCGGAGCUGACGGCUGACUUCCUCUACGACGAGGUGCACCCCAAGCAGCACCUCGCCAAGCGGGCCUUCGCUAAGCCCAGGGGCCCCGAGGGCAAGCGGGGCCACAAGCGCCUCAUCCGUGGCCCCGGCGAGAAUGGGGAUGACAGCUAGGUGACAGGACCUGAGCCCUGCUGGCGUGUGGAACUGUGGGGCUGCCCCCCCACCACCCCCACGGCCACCUCCCUCCUUGCAGCCGGGCUCUGGGGUGGGGGUUGCCUCCUAUGGGUAGGAGGGCUGGUAACUGAACAUCCUUGCAGCUUCCGAGGGCCCCUGGGCUGGCAUUUUGUGACCCUCCCCCACUGCUGUCCCUGCCUCUCAUCCCUGUGCCCAGGGCAUCUGGGGACCCUGCUCGGCUGGUUCAAGGGGCUGCGUCGGGGGACUGGCAUGAACCAAGCCCCUAGGGGAACUAAGACUAAGGCCCCAGCAUGGCCCAGAACCCUUUGGCCACAAGGGGUGAGGUCAUUCGGGGCUGGGGCAGAGGGUCACCGCAGGACGAGAUGGUUGAAUGCUGUAUUUUUUAAAGAAUAAAAUAUUUUUAAAUCAA